AGGCUAUCUCCUUGACAAUCCCACCUCCGAGCUUGCAAAACUUUACUUGUAUAUCAUCCUUGGCAUCAAUCGUUUCAUAAUAGCCGAUGGCUUCUUUGAAUACUGUGCUUGUGCCCCUUGUAGCUCUUCUUGUGGCCUCUUUGACGGUUUCUUCAGCAAGCAACUUCUACAACGAUUUUGAUAUUACCUGGGGAGAUGGUCGUGCUAAGAUCCUCAGCAACGGCGAGCUCCUCACUCUCAACCUUGACAAGGCCUCUGGCUCUGGAUUUCAAUCCAGGAAUGAGUAUCUGUUCGGAAAGAUUGACAUGCAACUCAAGCUUGUCCCUGGCAACUCUGCAGGCACUGUCACUGCUUAUUAUCUGUCAUCAAAAGGGUCUGCAUGGGAUGAGAUAGAUUUUGAAUUCCUGGGGAAUUUGAGCGGUGAUCCUUACAUCCUGCACACUAAUGUGUUUAGCCAAGGCAAGGGCAACAGAGAGCAGCAAUUCUAUCUUUGGUUUGACCCAACUGCUGAUUUCCACACAUAUUCCAUUCUUUGGAAUCCACAGCGCAUUGUCUUCUCUGUGGAUGGCACUCCAAUUCGAGAGUUCAAGAACCUGGAGUCUAUGGGGGUUCCCUUUCCAAAAAACCAGCCGAUGAGGAUUUACUCGAGUCUAUGGAAUGCUGAUGACUGGGCUACAAGAGGUGGCUUGGUCAAGACAGAUUGGGCCCUGGCUCCUUUCACAGCUUCGUAUAGAAAUUUCAAUGCCGAAGCUUGUGUUUUGUCUAAUGGGGCAUCUUCUUGUGGCACAACCACUUCUCCUCCCGCCUCCACCUCGAAUGCUUGGUUCUCAGAGGAGCUUGAUUCAGCAAGGCAAGAGAGGUUGAAAUGGGUCCGGGAGAAUUACAUGGUAUACAAUUACUGCAAAGAUGUCAAUAGAUUUCCCCAAGGUCUACCUACGGAAUGCAGCAUGUCCUAGAAAGAUGACGUCCUUGCAUUACCUGUCCAAGUUUUGCCACAUAAGAUAUUCAAUUAGUUUUUGUAAUUUAGGCAAUUAAUCAAUUGGUGCAAUUCUUUAAUUCUUUUUCAUCAAUCAAUUGUUUUUAAUGUAAUAUGAAUCCGUAGUAUUUCGAUGAAAGUAAAAAGUAUUCCUGGCUU